AUGAAGACAAUUCUAUUUUCUGCAGCCCUCAUUCCUUUCUUAACAAUAUCUACUCUGGCUGCUGAUGACGACAAUGUCACCUGUCGCACAGAGCUUGGAAAGACAUCAGUCGCCAGUAUAAAGACCGACACAGUCACCAAGACCGAUCCCAUCAAGCCAACCAAAACAUUUUCUACAAAAACAUUUACGCGCACUGCCAAGGGUGGCACGGAUACCUUUAGCACGACAAGCACCUUGUUCAAGAUCGCUACUGUGACAGUUACUGCUACUAACACCAUCACUACGACAAAGACUGGCACUGUCAAGUCCACCCGCACUACUGUGGUCCCUACCACCGCGGGCUUCAGGUUCAUCUCAGACACUGUCAACGAGGAAUCGUUUGCGCCUGUCGCCGGCCCACGAAAAUUUGCUAGAAAUCCCCAUGCUCCUCCUCUGGUCAAGCCUGGCCUGAAAGCCUUUGCUUUCCCAAACAAGGUGCACUGUACCGAAUUACUUCCCAACACAGACACUCGAACUGUCAAGAAGACAGGCAGUCCUACUACCACCACCGUCUCUACCAUGCGCACAAAGACAAAGAUCGCAAUCAUCUCUACCACCACCACUCUCAUUCCCGAUGACGUCUCUGUCACAAAGACAUUCACUACCAACAUGAAGGUCACCACUUACUCUACUACAUAUAAAACAUCCACCAAGCGUGCCACCGCAACCAAGACAAGUAUCAAAUCUGGCCCGACCCAGUACGCUGCAUGCUCAGAAGGAAACAUGUUCGGCCCCAACUUCAACAGCGGAGGUACUGGAUACUACAUCACCAAUGUCCUCAACAACGGCCCUGGAAUCCCAUCCGAUUACCAGAUUGUGUCAAGCGGUGCCGACUCUGCAGAUGAGUGCUGUGCUUCAUGCAUGCAGUACAACGGCUGUGAGACCUGGAUCUACCGUGAGAGGAACCGCAACUGCUUCCUUCUUUAUCAUGUUUUGAGAAAGGGCGAAAAGUGCUCGUCGCAGAAGAACCAUCCCAACUUUUUCCUGUCCAAUAAGGGCGCAGAUACAGGGGCUGGUUUCAUUGCAGGCAAUGGUGUAUGCGGCUUCACAUACAGUGGAAACAGCGAUGGAUCAUUGUUCACUGUCGACACUUAG